AAUUCUAUUAAUAUUUGAGUGUUACACGGUGUUUUGCUCAGGUUUCCAAGUUUAAAAUCAUUUUUCUCUUUUCUUAAAAAAAAUUGCUUUCUUAUCUCUAAUAAAAUAAUGCCAUCUCGAGAUCAUUAUCUUCAAGAUGAGGAAUUGGCUAGUGAUUCCCAAAGAUUACUAGCGCCUGAAUUACAACAACGGAGAUUAUCUUCUUCGGCCACCAGUGAUUCAGAAGAAGAGGACUUUUACUCAAAUGAAAAGGGUUUUGAUAUCGACUAUAGCUAUCAAAAAAAGGGUAUCAAUUGCAUCUGCGUGGGAUUUCUAUCCAUUUUAGCUUUAGCUUGGGUAUUGUGGACUAUUUCAAUUGCCAAAUUAUUCUCUGGACUCUCUUCGCAUGAUGACGUUGAAUUACAAGAGGCUAUGAAACUGGUUCAAUUCGAGGAUAUCUUCAAUAGCUCAUUUACCGCAAAGAGAACUAAAUUGGUCUGGGUUGGAAAUGAUCCUAGAGACGGUAUAUACACAUACAGAGACCCUCUUUCCAAUGACAUUUUAUUGGAAUCUAUUGAGGAUAGAAAAAGUCAAGUCUUUGUCGAGGAAAAAGAUCUUGUCAUUGACAGUGGCAUUCUCAGUGUUUCAUCAUUCGAGUUAUCUUAUGAUGCUCAAUACAUUUUGUUAAAGACAAAUGUCAGCGCUCAAUGGAGACAUUCAUCCAGAUUCAAUGCAUAUAUCUAUCGUUUAUCCGACAAAAAGAUCAUGCCUUUAACGCAUUUAUCUACAGUAGGAAAGACUCCAAGAAUUUCUUAUGCUGAAUGGAGUCCUACCGGUCAUCAAAUGGCUUACGUUAUGAACAAUGAUCUGUAUAUCACUGACCUUAAAAAUUAUGAAAGAAUUACUUUUGAUGGUUCUAAAACAGUCUUUAAUGGUAUUCCUGAUUGGGUCUACGAAGAGGAAGUUUUUGGGUCAAACUUUGCAUUAUGGUGGUCACCUGACUCCACUCAUUUGGCCUAUCUUCGUUUAGAUGAAACAAAAGUACCUGAAUACCAUUUACAGUUAUAUACCGAUCGCAACGCAUCCUAUCCCAAAGAGACUAAUAUUAGAUACCCUAAAGCCGGUGCUCCUAAUCCUCUCGUAUCAUUGCAUGUGUAUUCUCUUGAAUCCAAUUCUACAAUUGUUGCAACAACCACAGAGAAAGUACAGUCAUUCAGCAUUAUGGAUACGAGCAACUUUAAAGAUUUUGAACAGGAUGAUAGAAUCAUUGUUGAUGUCACCUGGGCUACUGACUCCCACACGCACCUCUUAUUUAAACAGACAAAUCGUAUUCAAGAUCAACAAUAUACCAACAUUGUCAAUAUCAAUAGCGAUGAUAUCAAAAAAAGUACAGUUAAACUAGUUCAAGAAUAUAAGCCCACAGAUGGUGGUUGGAUCGAAGUUUCUCAAUCAAUGGUUUAUUUACCUUCUUCCGGUAAUGGUGUUCGCUACAUCGACAUUUUGGAUAACUCGGAGGGUUAUCCUCAUUUGGCCAUUAUUACUUUCAAAGGCUCAAAGAACCAAGUCAGUUGGUUGACUACUGGUGAAUGGGAGGUUGUUUCAGGAACUGUCGAAGUAGAUGAAGCACGUCAGCUUAUACAUUAUGUUUCUACAGAAAGAUCUCCUUAUGAACGUCAUCUUUAUACUAUUUCGUUCAAGUCUGAUAAUCCCGCUUCUACAAAGAUUUGCCUUACAUGCCCUCAAGAUCCCGAAGAGCAUGCCUAUUAUAGUGCUUCGUUCUCACCUAAAUCAGGUUACUAUAUUUUGAAUUAUGAGGGCCCUGGUAUUCCUACCACCAUUGUUAAAAAGGUGGAUGAUUCCUCAUUUAGAUCUGUAUUGGAUGAUAAUAAUGAGUUGAGAAGUCUCUUGAAUGAGUAUGAUCUUCCCAAGAAACACAUGAAAACGAUUAAUAGCGGCGGCGUUGAAUUGACUGCUAUGGAAAUGGUACCCCAUGAUUUUGACUCCACCAAGAAAUAUCCUGUCCUUUUCCAUGUUUAUGGUGGACCUGGAUCUCAGCUAGUUUCUCAUAGAUUUGAGCUUGAUUGGCAAACAUUUGUAGCAAGUCAGUUAGGUUUUAUUGUUGUAACAGUUGAUGGUAGAGGUACUGGAUUCCAAGGUAGAAAGUUUAAAGUCGGUGUCAGAGGAAGAUUAGGUGAACUCGAAACUAUUGACCAAGUCAACGCAGGAAGACACUGGGCUAAGCUGGACUACGUUGAUGAGUUUAGAAUGGCUAUAUGGGGUUGGUCGUAUGGUGGAUACAUGACUACAAAAGUUGUUGAAGCCAACGAUGGUGUAUUCUCUACCGGUAUGGCAGUAGCUCCUGUUACUGACUGGCGUUAUUAUGACUCUGUUUAUACCGAACGUUAUAUGAAAACUCCUUUAUUAAAUCCUCAAGGUUAUAUCGACAGUGCUGUAAAUAACAUGACUGGAUUUAGAGACACCAAGUACCUGUUGGCUCAUGGUACUGGCGACGAUAAUGUUCAUUUCCAACACACUGCUGUUUUGGUCGAUAAGCUCACUUUGGAGGAUAUCCAUAAUUAUCGCGUACAGAUUUUUCCUGACAGCAAUCAUGCUAUCAGACAUCACAAUGCUAACAAGAAUGUAUACUACUUAUUGACAGACUUUUUACUUGAAAGUUUUGGAGGACAUGAAUAUAAACAUAUUUACGGCGAGACUGGUGGUAAGUUCUCAGGACCUUUACCCCAUGAAGAUUAAUAUCAGAAGCGCAGGCCGUUCUUUUUCGUUUAAUAUUCGUAAUAAAUCAAAGCUGUUAAAUUGAACAGUUUUAUUUCUACAUAA